AUGGAUUUCCCUGGCCUAGGGGCCCUGGGGUCCUCAGAACCCCUACCGCAGUUUGUGGAUUCUUCCCUCGUGUCCUCGCCACCAGAUCCGGGGCCAUUCUUCUCUGGGCCUGAGGGUUUGGAUGUAGCAGCUUCCUCCACUUCCCCAAGCACAGGCACAGGUGCAGCCACUGCACUGGCCUACUACAGGGACACUGAGUCCUACAGACACUCUCCAGUCUUUCAGGUGUACCCGCUUCUCAACUGUAUGGAAGGAAUCCCAGGGGGCUCAUCUUAUGCUAGCUGGGCCUACAGCAAGACGGGGCUCUACCCUGCUUCAACUGUGUGCUCCAGCCACGAGGAUGCCCCACCCCAGACCCUGGAAGACCCGGAUGGGAAGAGCAGCACCACCUUCUUGGAAACCUUGAAGACAGAGCGGCUGAGUCCAGACCUCCUGACCCUGGGGACUGCACUGCCUGCAUCGCUGCCUGUCAACAGCAGUGGUUAUGGGGCACCUGAUUUUCCUGGUCCUUUCUUUUCUCCCACUGGGAGCCCUCUCAACUCAGCAGCCUAUUCUUCCCCCAAGUUUCACGGAAGCCUCCCUCUGGCCCCUUGUGAGGCCAGAGAGUGUGUGAACUGUGGAGCAACGGCUACUCCACUGUGGCGAAGGGACAGAACAGGUCACUACCUGUGCAAUGCCUGUGGCCUGUAUCACAAGAUGAAUGGCCAGAACCGGCCUCUCAUCCGGCCCAAGAAACGACUGAUUGUCAGCAAAAGGGCAGGAACUCAGUGCACUAACUGCCAAACGACCACCACGACACUCUGGCGGAGAAAUGCCAGUGGAGAUCCGGUGUGCAAUGCCUGUGGCCUCUACUACAAGCUACACCAGGUGAACCGACCACUGACCAUGCGCAAGGAUGGGAUUCAGACUAGGAACCGCAAGGCCUCUGGGAAAGGGAAAAAGAAGCGGGGGUCAAGUCUGGGAGGAGCAGGAGCAGCUGAAGGACCAGCUAGUGGCUUCAUGGUUGUAGCUGGUGGCAGUAGCAGUGGGAAUUGUGGGGAGGUGGCCUCAGGCUUGACACUGAGCACCGCAGGUACUGCCCAUCUCUACCAGGGCCUGGGACCUGUGGUGCUAUCAGGACCCGUCAGCCAUCUUAUGCCUUUCUCUGGACCUCUGCUGGGAUCGCCUACAGCUUCCUUCCCCACAGGUCCUGUGCCUCCUACCACCAGCACCACUGUGGUGGCUCCCCUCAGUUCUUGA